AUGCAGUCCAAGGCCCUUCUGUCUCUUCUGCUUCUUACCCCUGCUCUGGCCAGCCCUGUCGCCCAGUAUGACGACUCCUACAGUGUCGAUGACUUGAGCUCCGAGCAGGACGACAUUCUCAGCAGCGAAAUUGCCUACAUCAGCUCGCAUAUCCCCAAUUCGAUCCUUACUGUGCUCGAGACUGCCAUUCCGGAGACUUGGCUCGAAGAGGUUAUGACCAACACGGCCGAUCAGAUGUCCAUCUACGAAGCUGCCGAGAGCGGCGUCUUCCCUGGCUGGUACAACAGCCUGCCCGAGAGCGUCAAGGCUUGGGCUACCUCUGAAGCUACCGCCGAGGAGACUGGCCUGAGCAGCGCGAUCGCCUCCGUUAGCUCCGCCGCUGUCACCUCCGAGUCCGCUGCCACUACGUCUGGAUCCGCCAUGGUGACCAGCACCGCCUCUUCCAGUGGCACCACUGCUUCCGACUCCUCUGCCUCCUCUUCUCCUUCUUCUUCCGCGUCGCCCUCCUCCACCUCCAACGGUGCCGCCCCUAUGGCCACUGGUAGCCUUGCCUACAGUGUCGCUGGUGCUGUCGGUCUGCUCGGACUUGCUGUCGCUCUGUAA